AGAAGGCUCAGACAGUGACAAAGAAGAUACGACUUUCAUCCUGAAUUCAGUAUCAUCAUUCUCAGAAAUGGCUCAGAACACGGAUUUGGCUGACAGCCAGCGGGAAAUCCCCACAAUGAAUUGCUUAAAUAGCUUGGCAACGUGUCAACACAAUUGGGUUUCAAUUGGGCCUGAAUACUUCAAAGCAGCAGAAUACUUUUACAGGUUGGUAAAUAAGGAGAAGGAAGAAAUGGACUGGGAUUUCAUCUGCAGCGAUCUCACGAAAUAUCGAAGCUGCACUACCAUAUCCGUGAACCGGACCAGUGACAUAAAAAUGUAUUCUGUUGCUACAUUCAUGGCAUGGGUAAGACAUGAGAUCAAGACGGUCCACCAAGGCUGUCCAACUCUGAAAUGGGCACAAAAACGCAAAGGCGCCAAAGUGCUCAAAAAGCCCGCGGCGGAAUCGAGUCUGGCAGAGGCGUACCAAAAAGUCAGGGGUUUAUACGAGGACUGCACCAAAUAUAUCGAUUUGCCCCAUAAGCCCCUAAAGCCUUCAGGCUCCCAAUAGCUCGACUCUCUUACCUGCUUUGCCUCAGGAAAUGUAGACUCAUCAAGCGCAAACGAUAUA